UUGACAUUUACUUCUGAAUGUCUGAAACUUCGAUUUCAAGGCCGACUGCUGACAACAUAAUUUAAAAUAAAUGCUCCGGAGUCCCCGACUUGAAUCCGGAGUCCCUCACUCACGUAAGAUUGGCUGUUUACAGUACUAAAUCUAGUUGUUUGUCGUCGGAAGCGAAUGUAUUCACUUUUGUGGGAACUAAUUCAGAAUUAACGGUCGUUCGUGUAAAAUGACAUCGAUAUCCCGAAGAUGGUUUCACCCAAACAUAAAUGGAGUUGAUGCUGAACAGCUUCUUCUAGAACGAGGUGUUGAUGGAAGUUUUCUUGCCAGACCAAGUAAAAGCAAUCCUGGGGAUUUCACAUUGUCUGUCAGAAGAGCCAAUGAGGUGACACAUAUCAAAAUACAAAAUACUGGAGAUUUCUAUGAUUUAUAUGGAGGAGAAAAAUUUGCUACUUUGACGGAAUUGGUCCAGUUUUACACAGAGAAACAUGGUCAACUUAGAGAGAGAAAUGGAGAAAUAAUUGAAUUGAAAUAUCCACUCAAUUGUGCCGAUCCAACAUCAGAAAGAUGGUUCCAUGGUCAUAUGUCUGGGAAACAAGCAGAAACUUUGUUGACAGAUAAAGGCAAGAAUGGAAGUUUUCUUGUCCGAGAAAGUCGAAGUAAACCUGGAGAUUUUGUUCUUUCUGUUCGUUGUGAAGACAAAAUUAUUCAUAUUAUGAUACGUCAUGGUGCUGAUCGGAAAUAUGACAUUGGUGGUGGACAAUGGUUUGAAUCACUCACGGACUUAGUGGAGCAUUAUAAGCACAAUGCUAUGGUGGAGAGGUCUGGUAAUGUUGUCUAUCUCAAGCAGCCGUACAAUGCUACAAGAAUCAGUGCUGCACACAUCGACAGAAGAGUUAGUCAACUUGUGAAAUCGAAUGAAGAACCUACUUCUAAAGCUGGAUUUUGGGAAGAAUUUGAGGCUUUACAACAAACAGAAUGCAAACAUUUAUACAGCAGAAAGGAAGGUGCUAAACCAGAAAAUAAAGCAAAGAAUAGAUAUAAGAAUAUUUUGCCAUUUGAUCACACAAGAGUUAUUUUGAAAGAUGGAGAUCCAAAUGUACCAGGAUCUGAUUAUAUUAAUGCUAAUUAUAUAAAGCCCGUUUUUGAAGAUGCGGCAUCAAUCUGCAGAUGCAAAACAUAUAUUUCAACACAAGGAUGUCUCGUUAAUACUGUAAAUGAUUUCUGGAGAAUGAUUGUACAGGAAAAAGCACAAGUAAUUGUAAUGACAACGAAGGAAGUUGAAAGAGGAAGAAAUAAAUGCGUUCGAUAUUGGCCACCAGAAGGAGAAAGUAAGGAAUAUGGAGAAUAUACAUUAUUAAACGCAAAAGAAAAUGUUUUUCGUGAUUAUACUUGGAGACAGUUUGUCAUCACUAAAGAAUCUGAUCCACAGUACAAGCAAAUUGUUUAUCAUCAUCACUUUAAAGUAUGGCCUGAUCAUGGUGUACCUUCUGAUCCGGGUGGCGUCCUGAAUUAUUUGCAUGAAAUUAAUGAAUGCCAGCGUUCACUGAAAACUCCUGGGCCGGUCAUUGUUCACUGUAGUGCAGGAAUUGGACGGUCUGGAACUUUUAUUGUUAUUGAUAUUAUACUUGAUAUAAUAAGACAGCAAGGUUUGGAUUGUGAAAUAGAUAUUCAACGAACGAUACAAAUUGUUCGAGGUCAAAGAUCUGGCAUGGUUCAAACAGAAGCUCAAUAUCAAUUUGUUUAUCUUGCUGUUAAACAACAUAUCGAAACAUUAACAAAAAGAAUGGAAGAAGAGCAAAAAAGCAAAGGUAAAGGUAGAGAGUACAUUAAUACUCGUCAAACUGCAGAAACUGCCGGCAUGGAAUUACCAAUUCAUACACCACAACCAGCAUUACAUUCACCUAUUCCUCCUGUCGGAAAUUUAAGCGAUUCAAGAACAACAUCAAUGCAAAGUCUAUCUUCACCUUCAGCAGGAAUUUACGAGAACACAAACGAUGUUUACAACAAUGCUCGUGCACAACAAGUAUCACAACAGGAAUAUGAUAAACUACAAAGAUGAUUCCUCUCAUUCGUAUUCAGUUCGAAGCUAAUAUACACUGUUGUUGUGAAGUACAAUGCAAAGCACUUCAAUAUAUUUGCAUGAUGAUGUCGAGCAGCUUUUCAACAAUACUUUCCUAGAUAUGGAAUAGUGAUAAAUUCAUUAUUGAAACUUUUCAUACAGAAUGAGCAUGAAAUAUUACUCCAAACUGUCAUUCGUAACAAUCGUAAGCUUUAUCUGUCUGUAAGACAAUGCAUAAAGCGCACGUGUUUUGGCACCUUAAAUAAUCGUAUAUGUGGUAACUUCAUAUUUCUCCUUAUCUUAUUAAUCCUAUAUAUAUAUUAUACGUGUGGGAAACUUUGUGGUAUUAUAUAAUAUUUUUAUUACACUGUUACUAAUGAUACCAAAAUACUGUCAUAUUCAUCUAUUCUAAUUUGAUAUUGAUGGACAAUAUUAUUAUCAUAUCAUUGUUGUUCAUUUAUUUAGGGGAAUUAUUUAUUAUAUUCCAACCAAGUCCCUGCCAGGGAUGGCCAAAACCGAAUAGUUCAGUAUUUCGAAUACAUUGUAAAAUAGUCUUUUCAAAUAUGAAAUAUUGAAAAUAUUCUUUGAGACAAUUGUAAAUUCGUAAAAAUCAAAUUCAGUUAUACUUCAUAAUUUAGAUAAACCAUGUCUAAUUAGUAUUUCCUAUUUUAUUCUGUCAGAAGUUAACUAAUUUUUUGUCUAUCAUAAAAUAAUAAAUGCUCAAAAAAACAAUUUUGAAUGAAAAUAUGAAUUUACUAAAUCGAAAAGUCGUUUCGUUUUGGACAUCAUGGCAUUUGGGGAAAAAAUGUUAAGCUAUUCUCAUACACCAGAUGAGAACCUCGGACGUUAUAUGGUUAAGCCAUCUUAUCAGUUUUUCUCUUCUUCAGUUUAAAAAUUCAAUAAUAGAAAAAUUAAUAGGCUCCUUCCCUAAUCAAUUUGUUGUUAUGCUCUAGUUUGUAACAUAAUUAUCUGCUGAAUAGCGGUUUAAAGUAAGUUUUCCACAAAGCGAUGUCGGAAAUGAUGGAAUGUUAUUAUGUAUCAUGCUUUCUUGUAUGAAUCAUCAAACUUACAUACAUUUAUCAAAUAUAUUCUUGCUUUGAAAUUAUGUUAGUAGUUUGUGCGCUUAUAAAUAUUUCAAUAAUUACAAGUACGCCAUUCUUUUUGUUUAUCUUAUCUUACCUGAAAUCUAAAAUCAUGCAUUUAAUGGCUUUUUCUCAAUAAGGGAACUUUAAAUGAAAUUUGAAUUGGCCAUUUCCAUGAAUUAUUCGGAAAAAUACAAAUAUUAUUACAUUGAUUUUUUUGCAGGAAACGCCAAGACUUUGCAUUACUGCCUUUAAAAAAUCACAAUAUUUAAUGUGAGCAGUACAUAAUAACCGUCAAACGUGGAAUUAAUUUUGCUUUACCAUUUUGAAUAUAUUAUAAUGCUUUUCAUGAAUAUGUCUCUAGGCAAGAGAUAUUUAGAUAGUAAGGACUAGGUAUAUUGAAUAAAGAAAUAAUUUAUUAUGCGUGCACGCUAAGUUCAUGAUCACCAAAUUUACCAUAAAUCUUGCAAAAUUUUUGACUACAGCUUUAUGGGGAUUUUGAUACAAGCUUCAAACCCUCGAGGAAAAUUAAUUCUGAUAAUAAAAACUUUGACACAUGCAAUCGUUCUUCAAUAAACCUUUGAGAAAAUGUAGUCAAUUUUUUUUAUUUUUUGUUGCUGUAAAAUUUGAAAUUCUGACUCUGAGGAAGUCAAAAUUUCUACUUUCGACUCCCAAUUAGUUCUAGAGCCCUGCUGCCCUUACUUGGCUUUUUGACUAACAAGGCAUUCAAAUAUUGGAAAUAUUCUGGUAUAUUUUAUUUAGUACGAUAUUAAGCUUUUGCUCAAGUAACCGACACUUAUGGACAAAAAAAUUCGCAAGCAAUUUUCCAAGGAAAGAAUUAUUCAAAACUAUCACUCAUGCCGAUAUUGAAUCUGUAAUAAAUAAAUAAAUACCCAGUUCAACCUAAUAAAAAACACUGCUGCAGAACUGUAAUAUGAGACAGAUUAGUCGUAUGUAAAAUCAGUAACAAUUUUUCAAACUAAUUUUAUAUCUAGACAUGCUUGGAAUGCCUGAGAAUGUCCAAUGGCAUCUACUCAGAAAAUAUCAAACUCUUGUUAAGUAUGAUUUGUACCAAAUAUACAAUGCUAUGCAAAGUUGUUAUUGCUUGCAUUAAGGAUUAAAUGAUAAUAUUGAUAACUCAGAAUAUUGUGCUAUAUUUUUUUUUAUUGUUGCAUAUUAUUUGAAUUUCACAUUUUUGUAUUCCUGACAUUUGAACCAUGUUAAUAUUAAUCGUUUCAAGUAUCUAUCUAUCUAUCAUAGUUUCACUGAGCUGAUCAUUUUCUAGUAUUUUUUGAAUUCUUUUUAUAUAUUAUGCUCAUUUACAGCAAGCAAGGGCCCUUCUGCAUAAAUAAAAUAUACUGGCAGUUGUUGUGUACGAUAUUCUAUAAUCUUCAAUAUCGGACCUAUCAUAAAAUCCUCUCAAGUCUGGGAAUUUGAUAAUCAUCCAUGUAAUUUAAUUUUCUAUUUUCGUUCUUCAAGUGUCUGUUCCACGUUUCCUUACAAUAAAAAACUGUUACAACUAUAGUUAUAUCAUGAUUUAGACAUUAAACAUUGUGGGUUGCUCGAAUUAUUUGUCACUGUUUAUGUGAUCAAACUUUACACAAUUUCUACCGUGGUCAUAAGAUAACAUCAACAAUUGUCUUUAGAAUGAAAAACGUGUUGUCCUUGAGAUUGAUGAGCUGUUUUUGCUUUGUUGAAGCUGGUAUUUUUUAUUUGUUUUAUUAACUUAUGUAUUGUAUGUAUUUAUAAAAGUGUAUCAAAAGUUUGAACAAUAACGGACUGCCAAAUAUGUGGUUGCAAAUCAUGGUAAUUAAAUGUAUGUUAAUUCUUCUGAA